AUGAGCUCAACUAACUGCAGAUUUUAUGAAAACAAGUAUCCAGAAGUGGACGAAGUUGUUAUGGUCAACGUUCAAGAAAUAGCUGAAAUGGGUGCAUACGUCAAACUUUUGGAGUAUGACAACAUUGAAGGUAUGGUUUUGUUAUCAGAAUUAUCAAGAAGACGUAUCCGUUCCAUUCAGAAGUUGAUUAGAGUCGGAAAGAAUGAAGUUGCUGUUGUAUUGAGGGUCGACAAGGAAAAGGGUUAUAUUGAUUUGUCAAAGAGAAGAGUGUCCGCAGAAGACAUUGUCAAAUGUGACGAAAGAUACAACAAAAGUAAAGCAGUGCAUUCCAUCUUGAGACAUUGUGCUGAAAAAUUCAACAUACCAUUGGAAAAAUUGUAUGAAACCAUAGGUUGGCCAUUGAGCAGAAAGUAUGGGCAUGCAUACGAUGCGUUCAAAUUUUCAAUUACUGACCCAACCAUUUUCGAAGGUAUUGUGGCCCCAUCCGAAGGCGUUUUGGAAGAGUUGAAAACGUACAUAUCAAGAAGAUUGACUCCUCAAGCUAUCAAUAUAAGAGCAGAUGUCGAAGUAUCGUGUUUUGGAUACGAAGGUAUAGAUGCGAUCAAACUGGCCUUGAAAGCGGCAGAAUCGGUGUCGAAUGAACAAAUGCAAGUCAAGGCUAAGUUGGUUGCUGCCCCGUUAUAUUUCCUUUCGGUGCAAUCGUUAGACAAGAACCAAGGAAUACGUCUUUUGGAAUCGGCCAUUGAGAAAAUCGUCGAAAGUAUAGAGUCAAACGGUGGUGUUUGCAAGGUUAACAUGGCACCAAAGGCGGUAACCGCUACCGAAGAUGCCGAGCUUGAACGUUUGUUGGAAAGCAAAGAAGCAGAGAACAAGGAAGAUGAAUCGGACGAAGAAGAUGAUGAAUAA